AGUUAGACUAAGAGAUAACGGCUAUCCACAGUCUUCGAUGCAUGCAUUACGAGCUUUCAAGUUUGCCAUUCCGAACGUCAGAAGCAUAGAGGAUUGGGGAUUUAUAACGUCAUACCUCGAUAAUGUUAUCAGAAUAUGGGAUGCAGAAAAAGGUACCAUUUUGCAUCGGUUGAGUGGACAUGCUGUUCCUGUGACUAUACCGCCUCUGAGGAAAGGAGCAAAAUAUUUCAUUACACACAGCAGGCUGAUGGAAGAGAAUGCCAUCCGUGUCUGGAAUGUCAAAACCAUGGAGUGUGUGUCAUCUCUUAAACUAGAUGGAAAUGAGAAUAUUUUGGUGGAUUUCUGUGGUGAUCUCAGGUCGCUUUACACUGUAAGAUUCUCACCGGUGAAUGUAAACUAUUUGUCAUUAAAAGGAUUGGGUUGUGAUGUAGACAUUGCACGAUGUCGAGAACUAUACAAAGGAACUGGGCACAGAAUGAUUGAUCUCACUAUACCUACACCUCACAGCGCAGACGACGAGGAUCCAGACGAUGACCCGGAUGAAGAAGAUGAAUUCGACGAAGAUUAGAACAACAUGGCAUGUAAAUGUUCGUUAAAACCGACUCCAAGUAAUUACAUCUAUAUUCUGAUGUAUAUAUGGAAAUAUUUGAAAGAUCUACGGGUUAUAUGCUCAAAUGUAAAAAUUUCUUAUCAUUUCUCAACAUUGUUCCAAAGCCCAUGGCCUUGAAAAUCCUGUGGGUAGUAUAUAGUAUUUUCUUGUAUUUCAGUGUCAGUAGUCGCAGCACUGCUGUUGUGUAGAAGAUCAUCUAUUGUAGUCAAUUUUUCUGUUCAAAUACUUUGUAAAAGACCAUUGUUGAUUUUGUCCAAGUUGACCAUUAUUGUGUCCACACCUAAUCGCACCAAAUCUAAUCUACUACAAUGUCAUACUUAGAUGCGUAUUUAUUUGAUUUCACGUAGCAUUCGAUCAAGUCUUUCAGAUGUUCUUCAUAUGUGCUCCCUUUGUAAAUCUU